UUUCAAGACUGCUGAUGCACGUAUUAUGGAGGUACUAUGCUAGUGUAGCGUCAAAAGUAUGCAUAUUUAAUGUUUGUACUUGUUUGUAGAAACGAUAUAACGUGUCGUAUAUUAGACAAAGUUAGCGUAUAACGUUAUGGCUUUACUUAGCAACUAAACGUUUAGCCUGCAACUAGCUUUAGCUAACACUCUAUGAAAAGAAUGAAUGCAAAAUGGCUUUUUUCUGGCAUUUUAGUUUCUAAAACGUUUGACAAUGAAGAUAAUGUUAUAAGACGGUCAUUUGGUUGAGCGCGUGUGACAGUGUCACAGCUAAACAUACAGCUAAACAGCUAACAUACUUUUAUUUUGAAAACGGGAAACAGCAGGCACAAAUGGUGAUCAGCUGACUGAAAUGUUGACAAAGCUAGUUGGCUGACACCGGUGGAGGAAGCAAGAAACAUUUCUGAUCAUGUUGGCGACGAACUUUGCUGAAAUAUCCGAUGAAUACUUCACGAUGACCUGAUAUAUUGUAUUAUAGACGUCUUUUCGCUUGUGUGUCUGCACAACUUUUUUUUUUACACACAAGUAGACCACAGGUUUUUGCCUAACCUGCGAUCCAUGAAAAAGGUGAACAAGAAGACCCCAAUAGAAACUUUACUGCCGUCAGUAUGGACACCCAGAACGAGAGCAGAAGGCUGCUGGAUGCGGAGGGUGGCGAUGAGGACCUUACAGGACUCAUGUCUGAGCAAGAUGCUUAUCUGAGUAAAGUGAAAAACAGGAAUCUGUACUUGGCAACGUUUGCGUCUGUUCUGGGUCCCAUGAGCUUCGGAUUCGUGUUGGGAUACAGCUCCCCUGCCAUCCCAGAACUUACCAGUAUCAGUGACCCUCGGCUGCGGCUAAAUGCUAACCAGGCCUCCUGGUUUGGGUCCAUAGUGACGGUGGGGGCGGCGGCCGGCGGCCUGCUGGGCGGAUGGAUGGUGGAGAAGAUCGGUCGGAAGCUCAGUCUGAUGUUUUGCUCGCUGCCGUUCGUCUUUGGAUUCACUAUGAUCAUCGCAGCACAGAACGUGUGGAUGCUGUACAUCGGCAGAGUGCUCACCGGCCUCGCCAGCGGGGUCACAUCACUGGUGGUCCCGCUUUAUAUCUCUGAGAUGGCCCAUGAGCGGGUACGCGGGACUUUAGGCUCCUGUGUGCAGCUCAUGGUGGUGCUCGGCAUCAUGGGAGUGUAUCUCGCAGGUCUUUACCUAGACUGGCGUUGGCUGGCAAUCUGCAGCUCCAUCCCGCCUACGCUGCUGAUGGUGUGCAUGUGCUUCAUGCCAGAGACGCCCCGCUUCCUUCUGUCACAGGGCAAGAGGCGGGAGGCCGAGGAGGCGCUGCGUUUCCUGCGAGGUCCAGACGCCCCCGUCGAAUGGGAGUGCGCCCGCAUAGAGGACGCCUGUAAUGAGGAAGACUCUAGAUUCCAAAUGUCCGACCUGAAAGACCCUGGAGUCUACAAGCCUCUGAUGAUUGGGAUCAUGUUGAUGAUAUUUCAGCAGAUGACAGGAAUCAACGCCAUCAUGUUCUACGCGGAGAACAUAUUUGAACAGGCACAUUUUAAGGAGAGUGACCUGGCGUCAGUGAUCGUGGGUCUGAUUCAGGUCGUCUUUACGGGAGUGGCCGCGCUGAUCAUGGACAGAGCUGGAAGGAAAAUUCUUCUCAUCAUCUCAGGUGUUGCCAUGGCGAUCAGCACCACAGCGUUUGGGGUUUACUUCUACCUGAUGUCUAAAAACCACCCCCCCACACUGUCAGUCUUGGUGCUUGACAUCCAGAGCCAGGCGGGUGAGGAGCCCAAUGCUGAGCUGGCCUGGCUUGCCCUGGCCAGCUUGGCCAUCUUCAUCACAGGUUUUGCUCUCGGUUGGGGUCCCAUCCCGUGGCUGAUCAUGUCGGAGAUUUUCCCUUACAAAGUUAGGGGGGUGGCCAGCGCUGUGUGCGUCCUCACCAACUGGAGCAUGGCUUUCAUCAUCACUAAAAACUUCCAAGACAUGAUGAGUCUUCUAAGCAGUGCAGGAACCUUCUGGCUGUUCGCCUCCAUGUGCACCGCCAAUGUCAUCUUCACCAUCAUCUUCAUCCCAGAGACAAAGGGCAAGACACUGGAGCAGAUCGAAGCCAUCUUCAGAGGGACGUCAGGUCCAUAAAGGCCCUCCUGCAGAAAGACAUUGCACAUGACAUAAACUGAAAUGUCUUUAACUUUCUGAACUGAGUGGUCCUCGGGACUCUGCGCGGGAAUUUAAAAAAAUAAUUUUCAGUCAGUAAGAUUCAAAGUUAAAUUCAUACAAUGAUUUUGUUCAAGGAUGUAUUGGAAAGUUGUUAUAACAACUGAUAUACGUAUGAUAUAUUGCCCAACACACUUCCAUUAGGAGCAACGUGUUGCAGUUUCAAAAGUGAUCCAAAACACCCGACCACAAAUGUGGAACCAUAUUCAACUUGACAACACAUGCGCAGCAUUUAGAAAACAUUCACCGACUUGACGGAACAUGCGCAGCGUUUACUAAAAGUAAAUGCAAAACACUGCAAAUAAAAAAACGCUGCUUCCUUUUUGUUUUCAAUUUCUUGCAUUGUUUCAGUUUUGCACCAUUUUAGGGAACCCUGCGUAUGUUGUGUGAAGUUGGUGAAUAUUUUCAAAUGCUGUGCAUGUGUUGUCAAAUUGAUAAAGAUGUUUCUUCAUUUGCAUGAGUGUUGGCACAUUAGUAUGUUAAUAUUAACAUUGAUUUUGAAAGUGCAGUGCUUUUCUCCUAAUGUAGGUGUUUUGGGCCGAUUUGGCGCAUUUGCACAGGUUGGCCGCUCUACAAUGUUUUACAUAUUGCUUUCUAAAGGUGUUUUUUUAACUACAUUCAACAGAUUUGUACUACAUGUGGUGUCUUGAUGUACUACAUUGUGUCAAAUUUUACAUAAUUUGGAGUUUUAAGAUAAUGUGUUGGUUUUAUUGAAAUGAUUCCUCUGUCUGAGAUCAGUUUUGCAAGGUGUGGUUUAUGGUUGAACUGUAUUGACUUUUAAUGAAGGCUUUUUCUGAUAUUUUGUACAUAUAAGUGAGGCGAGACUAAACUAAACUCAUCUCUAAGCGGUUUACCAAUCGCAACAGAGCCGGCCAGCUAACCAAUCUGAGCAGACUCUGGUUUCAGAAACGUUAGUGCACUGAUGAUUUAGGAGGCCAAUGCUUUAUGUGACUGGAGUCUGACUGUUGUAACUGUUUUCAAAACAUCUAUCAACAACACUGCAAACUGUGAACUCUGUGUUUUCAGUCAAUUCUGUAAUAAUCAGCUCUUUUUUGUAAAUUAAAUGUUUUACACUUUC